GGACAGCAUUGCAGUAUAUGUGAAUAGCACAUGAAAGCCAAAUAUGUAGCUCUAGACCACAGGAGGAAAUUGCAGUACUGAGUGAAGUCACAAGAUCUGACUGCAAAGAGCACACAUAGCCAGAAAGAUCUGCUCUGCUCGUCAUUGGUUUGGAGCAAGAGUCUGAUGACGGGCUUAGUCAUCCAACUGGAGGCAGACUGGAGAUGAAGAUAAAGAUAGAGAAAUGAGGAAGAAAGUCACUCCUAAAUCGGUGAACUGAGCAUAAACAAAGUUGACCAAGCUGGAAUCACUGAGUCCACCCAGGGGGCUACGAAUUGUGUUUCACUAGGUUCCACUCCAGAUGCAUGCUCUGGGGAGGAUUCCGACUUUGACUUUGCUGAUCUUCAUCAAUAUUUUUGUGUCUGGCUCGGGGAAGGCUGCUGAAGAGAGGACAGGAAAAUAUUAAGAGCCAGUGGGGAUGGAAGAUACCAAGGAAAUAAGGCCUUCUAGGCACAGGUUUAAGCCAGAUGGAGUCCCAGUCACCACUGGACAGGAAAACGGGACAGAGGCCCAACUCUAACCCAGAAGCUAUCUCCAAUUGAUAACUGCUCACAAAGGAAAGGAGUCUCAAUGAGUAUGUAACUACACUUAAGGACAGGUAACAUGCUAUCAAUAGAUGCUCAACACAAAAUGGGAUCAAUGAUAUUUUGGGGGGCAUUUUGUGCCAUAAUGCUUUGUGUGGGCAUUUUGUCCCUUACAGGUCUACAUUACACUUUCUGGUUUGUUGUUUUUAUGGGAUUUCUGUGCAUGAGAAUGUGUUUCUGUGGGUCUAUAUGUGUUCCUUGUGGUUUUUUUCUUUCCUUUGCCCCCCAUUUGUUUUUAAUUUAUCUUAUUUUACUAUUAUUUUUUAGAUGUCUGCUAUUUGUUUUCUAAUGAAAGGAAUCAAGAGAGGAUAUGGAUUUGGGCAGGCAUGGAGGACUAGGAGGAGUUAGAGAAGGCAAACCACAAUUAUAGCCUAUUUUAUGAAGGAAUCUAUUUUCAAUUAAAAUCAAGCCUCCAUAACCUUGUGGUUUAUAAUGCACCCUCUAUUCCGAAGAAAGGAAAGAAAGAAGAAAUGUCUUCCUCCAUCAUCAGCCCCUACUCUUCCCCUCACCCUUCCCAGUCCACCGUAAUCCCACUUCUGCUUUCAGGUCUUGGGUUCACUUUGUUUCACAUGCAAUACCAUGGGUCACUCACCUUGCUCUACUGGGCUUAUUCUGCUUAAUAGCAUGUCUUCUGACUCCAUCCUCUUUCCAGCUAUCACAGAUUUUUGUUGUUGUUUUAUCUUUUUAUUUUCUUAAUUGAAGAUUUUCUGUACCUUUGUUGUCUCUUCUGAUAUUUAGCAUAGGUGUUCUUUUGUUUGUGUUUGAAAUAUACAUUUAUAAUUAGUCCAAUUUUAGUAUGAAAAGCACAAAAGCACUUCAUAGUUGUGUAGGUACCUCAGGAUAACAAACAAUUCUAUCUUUUCUUUCCUGUGUCUUUAAUUGUUGCCUGGGAAGCAUAGAACUAUUACAGGUCAAUGUUUCAGAACCUGAUAAUUAUGAUUUUUUUCUUAUAAAGCAGUGUAUGUAGUCCAGGUUGGUCCAAAAUUAAAGAUAUGGCCAGCAGCUCUGACAUCAUAAUUCUCCUGUCUCGCCUCCCUGUGCAACCAUGCCUGGCUUUGGAUAAUUAUAACUGUGAACGAUUUUGCAGAACUCAAGGAAGUAAAGGAAAGAGGAAAGGGCGCUCAUCAUUCUCCUACCCUGCUCGGCUUCAUUUCUGCUGUUUAGUCACAAGGUAGAGCAGCUGGAAGGUAGCGAGAGGAUGAACCCUUUGUGAUUCUGUUUCUAUAGUUUUUGGACAAUGGCUCUGUUUCUUCAUCUGCGGGAAGUGUUCAUUAUUGGUCCAAAUAACUUUGCUUAGGGGAUUAGAUCUGGAGAAUGGAGUUUAAUGAAGUCAGCUUAUGUCGUAUGUCUACACUGGACCUGGUAAGGGGCUUGAAGAAGUAAGGCAUGGCUACUGUAAACUAUUUGGCAAAAUAAAGUUACUCAUGAAUGGGAAACGACUGAUUAGUAUCUUACAAAUGUAAUUUUGAAGAUGUUGACAUAUCAGUGAUGAUAAAAUUUGAAUUCCUGCUUACAAUCAUUUAAAUAUUUAAGCACUUGUAUUUAAAUACUUUCUAGGGUCAAGUUGUACUGAUGAGAAUCAAACAAUACAGAAUGACAGUUCAUCUUCUCUGACACAAGUUAACACUACAAUGUCUGUACAGAUGGAUAAAAAGGCUCUGCUCUGCUGCUUUUCUAGUCCACUGAUAAAUGCAGUAUUAAUCACAUGGAUAAUAAAACACAGACACCUGCCUUCCUGCACAAUAGCAUACAACCUAGAUAAAAAGACCAAUGAAACCAGCUGCUUGGGCAGGAACAUCACCUGGGCCUCCACACCUGACCACAGUCCUGAACUUCAGAUCAGUGCAGUGGCCCUCCAGCAUGAGGGGACUUACACAUGUGAGAUAGUAACACCUGAAGGGAAUUUAGAAAAAGUCUAUGACCUCCAAGUGCUGGUGCCCCCUGAGGUAACCUACUUUCCAGGGAAAAACAGAACUGCAGUCUGUGAGGCAAUGGCAGGCAAGCCUGCUGCACAGAUCUCUUGGACUCCAGAUGGGGACUGUGUCACUAAGAGUGAGUCACACAGCAAUGGCACUGUGACUGUCAGGAGCACGUGCCACUGGGAGCAGAACAAUGUGUCUGUUGUGUCCUGCUUAGUCUCUCAUUCGACUGGUAAUCAGUCUCUGUCCAUAGAACUGAGUCAAGGUACAAUGACCACCCCCCGUUCCUUGCUGACCAUUCUCUAUGUGAAAAUGGCCCUUUUGGUGAUUAUUCUUCUUAACGUAGGAUUUGCUUUCUUCCAGAAGAGAAAUUUUGCCAGAACAUGAAUAUCCAGAUUUCUGGAAGUCCAUUAGUCUGAGGACACAAUACAACAAAACAGCCAUUUGCAAUCAACUUUCUCAUUGCAAUCCAGCUUACCUGUCCCUGCUGUCUUCAUGUUUGUUAGACACUCAUCUUAAAAUUAUUAACCCAGAAGAGGUUACAUUUUCUUCGAUUGUGUUUGAAUGUGCCUUUCUUAAUAUUCUUAUACUUGUAUUUUUAUAUUCUUACUUUCACAUUUAUACUCUCCAUUUUUAAUUAACCAGUUGGGAGAUAUGUCUAGCAGUUAUAAUUUUGACUCUAUUAUUUAAUGGAACUGGAUUCAUAUCUUUGUCAUGUUUACAAGAGAGACAGAGAGGAAGCAUUUGUAAUGACAGUAUUUUCAACUCUUUGUAUUGCUUCAAAAAUUCUGACAUGUCAUGCACAAUAGUUUUAUGGAUAUUAUGAAUUGUGUAUAUUUAACAUUCUAUUCUGAUGUACUUAUCAAAGAGCAGCUGUCUUUGAACUAUAUAUGUAGGUGGGAAUACUUGGAGUACUUUACAUGCUAAAAGGAUGGUAAUGGGAUGAUAUUACUUGUCCCUCCAUUUUUCUUUGGAUGGAAAUAUUGGGAAUGCAUGUAUUGAUAAUAUUUGGCAUAUAUUUUUAAUUGUUAAAUAUAAGUCUGUUCCUUUUAUAUCAGGAAAACUAUUAAAAAUAGAUUCAUUCAUCUUA